UCGAAGACGAAACGAUCACUGCACUUCCGCUUCUGCUACUGGCCCGCAGAAGCGGUGUUCUCCAGAGUUUAACCCCAUCUGGACGAGCAAUUGAGGAUUUAACAGUAUUAUCUUGAAGUCGCCAGCGCCCGAAGUGCAAAUAUUCAGCAGGCGCUGCAGUGGCGGCCGGGUGUGUUUCCGUGGACUGUUGAUUAUGGUGUAAGACGGCGCGUUUCACCAGACUCAGAGAUAGCAGGUGAGAGAGCGGGCCGCCAUGCUGACGUUGGCGAGUAAGCUGAAGCGGGACGAGGGCGGGAAGGCGGGCCGCGCCCCCAGCGGCCCCUCAGACUCCGCCCACAGGGUGUCCAUCCGCGACCGGCUGCUCAUCAAAGAAGUUGCAGAACUUGAAGCCAACCUUCCAAGUACCUGUAAACUCAACUUCCCUGACGUGAACAAGCUUCACUCGUUUCAGCUGGCCGUCUCCCCAGAUGAAGGCUACUACCAGAGCGGGAAGUUCCACUUCGAGAUCGACGUCCCCGAAGCCUACAACAUGGUGCCCCCCAAAGUGAAGUGCCUGACCAGAAUAUGGCACCCCAACAUCACAGAGACCGGAGAGAUCUGCCUCAGCUUGCUGCGGGAGCAUUCCAUCGACGGCACGGGGUGGGCUCCGACCAGGACGCUGAAGGACGUGGUCUGGGGACUGAACUCCUUAUUUACUGAUCUUCUGAAUUUCGACGACCCGUUGAACAUCGACGCGGCCGAGCAUCACCUGCGGGACAAGGAGGACUUCGGGAACAAAGUUCAGGACUUCAUCAAGAACUACGCCAGAUGAUGACUUUGACAGCUGCGUCGGCUGCCUGCGACUGCGACUGCGCAGCUGAACUCCUCCCUCCGCCCCCGACCGACCCGCUCUGCGCAUCAUCUCCAACGCACCCCAGACUGCGAUCAAACCACCAAAAAAAAAAAAAAAUGCAUCUAGGUGUUAAAAUUUUAGAAGAAGAAAUUGGGGGGGGGGAGAAAAGAAAUUGCUUUAGAACUCCUCUCCAGAAUCCCACUGGGCACAGGAGAGGGGAAAUGGAACACGAAUGAAAUUAUUCUCUUUUUUAUUUUUUCUUCCUUUUUGUCAGGGCUCGAGGAUGAA